AUGGCUGUCCUCGGCUUCGCUCCUCCAUGGAUUGUCCUGAGACAAGCUUUCCGAACAGUCUCAGCUUCUUUUUAUCACAAAACCCUAAUAAAAAAACGCUCUGUUUCCCCUUCGUUUCCUUUCCGACAUUCAGCUUUGAGAAGAUUUCAAGUUGCAGAAGCAAUAAAAGGAGAUGUAGAUUCUCUUCUUAAAGGAGUUGGAGACCAAUCUAUUGCUAAAGAGAUUAAGCAUGUUCUUGAAAUGGCGAGACGUGUAACGUCGAGAAGAGAAGUUCUUCACACUGAUUUUCUUACUCCACCUAUAGUUAAAGAAUCAGUUUCAGUAUUGGGAAAACUUGCUGAUGUUACAAUUGUUGCUCAAGGAGGUUACCCUGAGGCUGAGCGGUGUAGGAUCUCGAUUGGACAUCAUGAUGUGUUAACUAAUGAUCCAGAUAUAGUUGCUGCUUUGAGUAUCUCAGGGAAUUUCGGGUUUCAACCUUGUUCUCACGGUGAUUUCCUUGGUGCGAUUCUUGGCACGGGGAUUUCGAGGGAAAAACUUGGGGAUAUUUUAAUUCAGGAAGACAAAGGAGCGCAGGUCCUGAUAGUUCCCGAAUUAGUUGACUUUAUUGUUUCAUCUCUUGACAAGGUUGGAAAUGUUUCUGUAACGUGUACUAAGAUACCUUUGCUUGCUCUUGAAUACGAACCUCCUAGGACUAAUUCCUUUAAAACCGUGGAAGCCUCAUUGAGAGUUGAUGCAGUAGCUAGUGCUGGUUUCAAGAUUUCGCGUUCAAAACUAGUUGAUUUGAUUAGUAGCGGGGAUGUUCGGGUUAAUUGGGCAACCGUUACCAAGAACGGAACCACAGUGAAGACCGGUGAUGUUGUCUCUGUUAGCGGAAAAGGGAGACUCAAGAUUGGAGAGAUUAAUGAAACAAAGAAAGGAAAAUUUGCAGUUGAAAUCAUCAGAUAUCUCUAG